GUAGCAGCAAAUAGAAGGCCUGUAGCGUAGGCGUGAAAUGUUAUAGUGUAAAUAUCAGCUUGCCCUGAAACAUCGAGCAUAUUAUUAGCAAGAAAACAGUCAUUUACUUAAUAAUAUUGAAACGAUGAGCAAGCAGAGGUUUCUCACUAAUAGUUGCCAUCAUUCGUGAUUGUGGUGAAAAAUUCUUGAAAACUCUUAUGGAGCAAUGAACAGUCAUUCCAACGUAAAUUAAAACUAGUGAAAUAGUUUUAAUUUCCAUAGUCUGAAUGAGCUUCGGUAGCUCCAUUCGCGUUUCUUUCUGUUGGAUGUUAUGUGAAGUGUGGGAUAUUCUGUGCAUGACAGCAUGAAGUGUCCAGAAGCAGAAAAUCUGCUCAAUGGACCUCCUGGUAGCAGCAACGUUGAUUUUUCACUUAACGUCGACAUAAGAAGAAUUGGAUACAAAACAUGCAACGCGCUCUCAUCAAACAAUAAAGCUGUAAAAAACCUAACCUCAUCUCGUAGCUCAAGGCCACGACAGCCACAGAUUCCGAACUCCAAUGGUUCAGGAACAUUUAUUAUGUUAUCGAAAAAAGAUUUUCAAAAUAUUUCUUACCCACCUUACGUGUGCUUGAAAAAUUAUCAACAAACUGCGCUAUGCGACAUCCGAAAAAAAUGCCUCGCGCAGAAUAGUCGACAAAACCGUCGUUUUGUUCUUAAAGAAAUUCAUACCGAAUUCAGAAACGAGUGCCAAGAUGGAGUAAAGAUUUGUUUGCGUCCUGCGUUUGAACAAAGCGACCGUUACGAUUCGGUUGAAAAGAGACCUUUGGCUGUUUUGAGAUCCGAAAAAAGACGGCAAAUGAAGAGCUCAGCGUGGAAACAACAGAACAAUUGGACGGCGCCGUUAAGUCGGCUUCUUUCAAUGUUCUUUCUGCUGACUGGGGCGGUAUCAGUAGAACAAAUCAGCAGGACGCUUACUUCAGAGAACCAUUUCUUGGAGACUGAACUGCCUGUCUUGAACGUGUUCGGGAUUGAGGGCGGAGAGGCCAAAAUCCCCUGCGAUCUGACGCCUCCCCGGCCACACGACACCCCAAACCUCAUCCUCAUCUCGAGAGGUGCAACUCCACUCUACAGUGUGGAUGCCCGAGGCGGAGCAGCAUCGUCGUCCAUUCACUGGGUCAACAGAGAGGUGCUAGGCGACAGAGUUCAGUUUCUACUGCCCACCAAUUUUCCGUUAUUAGGUCAUUCGUUAAGCCAGUAUCCCGUUAAGUACAAUUCUAAAAUCCCUAUUUUCCCAGCAAGUAGCCCUGUGUAUAAUUCUAAUUUCUCAAAUUAUCAAAGUGUUCCUCUUAGUUCCGAAUAUUCUUACCAAAAUUCAUUGCAACGUUUUUCGACUGGAGACGACAGCGUAGAACGAGAUUUGUACAAUAUUCGACUUCAGAGAGGCAAGGCUGCCAAAGUGGCAAGACAUGCCGAGCACAAUAGUAAAUACAACACAAAUUCUCUAGCCAAAAAUAAUGUCGCACUGAAAGAAUACGAUCAGUGGCCACAAACUGUGCGUAGUUUUCAAGAUUUACAAUCAACAAAUAUGGAGUAUAGUCAGAAGGAAAACAAAAGUAAUAUCAAAAUGAGGUCGUUAGCAUUUUUGCAAAAUCCUAAAAAUCGCACAGGAUUUGAAGAACGCCUCACUUCCACUGUCUCUUUUCAUUCAAAUAAGUGGCAGGAAGCUGAUCAUGUGUCAGACGCGUCUAGCAAAUCAAGUUACGUCAAGGAAAGCUCCCUGCAAAAUCAACUACUGGCUCUCUCCAGAGAGGAUCUUCUACCGGAAAAAACUCCAGAGAAAAUAAAAUCCGAUCCAUCAAAGAAGAAUUAUUCAACACGAAGCAAAGACGUUUUGGAUGAAAAAUUCCAGUCCUCUCACUCCACUGCAUCCAAGGAUGAAUCGCUUUCACCACUUUUUGAUCAUUCGAACUCGACUUUAGAAAUUCCCGAAGUCUAUCGAGAAGUCGUCGUUCCGGAGAGCAAUAUUCACUGGAGCCAUUCUCACUUGAAACUCAAUUACUGGAGAGAUAUCCUCGAUGACACGGGCUUUAAAUCUCGGUUGAACGGCAGAACAAUCCGCAGCAGUCAGGCUGCGAGAGAUGCGGAGGAUCCAUCGGAAAAGCCACCUGAUACCGCCUACGGGAUCCUCGUGAUCCGCCAGCUGCUCCGUACAGACGGAGGGAAAUUUCACUGCCGAGUGGACUUCAGACAGGCGCCCACGAUGUUGUCUCAGGCCAAGCUGACAGUUAUUGUGCCGCCGUCGAGCCUGGACAUCCGCGGCGUGAACGGCCUGCGCGUCACCGGACGAGUUGGACCGUACGCCGUCGGUGACGUCCUGAACUUGUGGUGCAGCGCCGCGGGGGGGAACCCCCAGCCCAGCGUUUCUUGGUGGUUUGACGGAGAAUUGCUGGACGACCUGAGUGAGGACCAACGAGACGACGUGACCACCAAUAACUUGACAGUGACGGGGCUGUCCCGCCACCACCUCGGCAAGUCCUUGACUUGUCGUGCAUCCAACACCAACUUAACGAAGCCUCUACAGGCCUCGGUCACCAUCGACAUGAAACUGCCUCCCGUGAGCGUGCGCAUCACGGGCAGCCAGGAGGGGGUGCGGGAGGGCCGCCUCCACAAGCUCACCUGCAGCAGCGAGGGUUCGAACCCCCCGGCCGUGCUCACGUGGUGGGCGCGUACGCAGCAACUUACGCAUCUGACGUACCAGGAGUCCCCGGACAGCACCUCGAGCACAAGCAUCCUACACCUCCAGCCCUCCGCCGCCGACGACGGCCUGCGCGUGUCCUGCCGCGCCACCAACGCCCUGCUAGGACCUGCCUUCGCCCUCGAGGAUAGCGUCCGUAUUACCGUCCUUUAUUCCCCACGAGUGUCGUUACGUCUCUCUCCUUUGCUGAACAUCUCCAACAUCAACGAGAACGAUGACGUGUUCCUGGACUGUGAUGUGAUGGCCAAUCCUGCCGUCACUUUACUCAAGUGGCACCAUAAUUGCCGUCAAGCUUUACGAGGUAACAAAGAGGAGAACAUCGUUGCAGCAGUUCAUAAUAUUUGCAUAUUUGUCUUUCUUUUCACCGUAGUCACUCCGGUGUGCCGAGGGAACUCUGUGGCUGAGGAAAACCUUGCUUCCCUGGAAUUGAGCCCGGACGCUGUCGACGCUCGAGGCCUCAUUUCCAGCGCCAAGGAUAACACAAACUCCAUUAGGAGCGACACUAGCGACUCUAGUGACACCGACGCUAUUGAUUUGGACGCAAGUGAUGGUGACACCGCGGCACCGAAGAUCUAUGGCACCGGAGUCGGUGUGGCUGUCAACAUCACUUGUUCUGUCGACGCUCAUCCCAAGCCCCACACGUUCACCUGGUCUCUCAACGCCACCUCGCAGGAGCAGUCGCAGCCUGCAGACGACUCACUGCGGCGUCACCACCAGACCAGGGCGCCUAACAGGAGCCGUACGAGCACCGCAAGCUACGGCAGCUCCAGCAACCUGCUCACAUACACGCCUCACACCUCGCACGAGUUCGGCACUCUGCUGUGCUGGGCACAGAACGAUGUCGGACGGCAAGCUGACCCUUGUGUCUUCCAGACCAAGAGUGCAUCUCUGUUUCCGCGCACGCUUAUUUCCGGUAUCAUUUAA